UUUUUAAAAUUGAUUAAUGCAUUUCUAACAUUCCUUCCUUGUAUACAAUGUAUUUGACUUUUUCUCUUGUAUGUGAUAUGUUCCUUUAAAUCUGCCAAGGAGCAAAAUGGUCUGCAUAUGUAGCCACACUUGCUUUGCAUAAGUUAACCACAAAACCAGCAGUAAGGAACUAAACUUCAGCUUCUUUUGCAGCAUUUCUAAUGCUCUAAUAGUACUAAAAAUAAACUCCUGUAGUCUCCUGUCAGUGUUUUGCUAAUGUGAAAUUUCAGAAUGCAUAUUGCAAUUGGCCAUUAGGGUUAAAAAUGUUUUAUCAGCAGCAGUACUUUGGGUGGCAGGGCAAAACAAUGAUUAUUUUUAAAUGAAAGUGAAUUUUUUUCCGUCAGUUUCAAUUAAAUGAUGUUCUAUAUUAGCCAAAUUGUGCAGCGCUUUGUUCAGCAAAGCAGAGUUGCUUAACUAAGAUGGAUAAUAGUUCAUUUUAUUUAUCUUGGGACCUAAAAGAGAUUACUUUUGAAGCCCAUAUCUUAGACAAAGCAGUUAAGGGGAAGAAGUAACACAGGAAGUAAGACUGUUAGGCAGUGGUAAAUGCAGAACAACAGUUCCGUUAUGAGAGAGGUUUACAUAUUUCAGCAGAGUGGAACAUUGUAUCUUUGUAGGUUGUAGGCAAACAAAGGACUGUAUAAAGCUUUGUAGGACAUCCAUCAAUUUAAAUUAACUUCAUCGAAAUUCAGUACAAAACAGUGAAAAUUGUUUGCUUUAAGGAACACCUGAUAAAUAGUCCGAAGAGAUGGGUGAGUUCUUUAAAAUCCAAUGUAGUAAUAGCUAAAUCUGAACAAAAAAUACAUUGAAAAACAUCUGUAAAAAGCCUGGAAUAUUUGUCAGUUAGCAAAAUGAUUAUGCAAUGUAUUUUAAUAUUAUGAACUUUUCCCCAACUGUUUUCCAAUUUAAACAUUAAAAGCAUGAAAUACAUUUUCUGCAUGUAUGUAAAACCAAGUUUUCUGAUGAUUAUAAACUGUCCACAUAGGAUUACUGGGAAAUUCAACUUCGGUUCUUUCAUUGGCACAUCAAUAGCCAAGACAAGUUUGUCUCUCUUUGCCUUUGUGUUGCACUGUUGUUGUUUUUUUCGGGGGGGUUCCAGGAGCAGUGGAGAAGAGGGAAACUUGCUACGGAGGUUGUCUCGAAUGGGAAGCAGACGGGCGUCCCGGGAAACUCUUCAUCCUCAAGGGCAAGCAGCUCCCAUUUAUAGACCCCCUGUUCCAUCUACCAAACCCACUAUCUCAGUUGCAAAUAACUCCAAAACUGAAUACAAUGUUCCAGUCCCUAAAUGUGACACCAAAGUGUUCAGCAGUGACGAACAUGGACACGCCAUCUUACAGGGGUUUCAGCAGUUCCGUUUAAAUGCGACUCUAUGUGAUGUGACGUUGGUGCCAGGUGACAGCGAUGAAACCUUCCCAGUGCACAGAGUUAUUAUGUCUUCAGCCAGUGACUACUUUAAAGCUAUGUUUACAGGUGGAAUGAAAGAGCGGGAAUUACAGGUGAUAAAGCUGCAUGGUGUGAAAGGACUUGGACUGAAGAAUAUCAUUUCUUUCAUCUACACUGGUAGUGUCAGUCUGAGCCUGGCCAGUCUGCAGGACACUUUGGAAGCUGCCAGCUUUUUGCAGGUGCUCUCUGUCCUGGGUUUCUGCAAAGAGCUGCUCAGCAGUGAGAUUACUAUAGACAACUGUGCAGAGGUGGAACGCAUUGCCAGUAACCUUCAUCUGGAAGAGGUUCAAGUGUGCAUCAAUGAGUUUGUUCUGCAGAACUUCUCAGAUCUGGUAAAAAGCGACAUGUACCUGAAGCUUUCCCAGUCAACCAUGGAGUAUGCUCUAGCUAAUGAUGCUCUCAAGGGUUUCUCUGAGAUGGCACUGUACAAGGUGGUUCGUGCAUGGCUGGAUUGUGACCCCGUCAGCCACCGACAGCAUACCUUUAGCCUAAUGAGUAAAGUACGCUUUCCUCUAAUGAGCCCAGCAGAACUUCUGCAGAUCUCCCAGGAAGAUGUUUCUCUCCGUGCUGACACUGAUUGCGUCAACCUCCUGUUAGAAGCCAGCAACUACCAGAUGAUGCCCUUUCUGCAGCCAGCCUUGCAGACGGAGCGUACAUGCAUCCGUUCUAAUUCCACCCACCUGUUGGUCUUGGGAGGGGUGAUGAGGCAACAGUUAGUGGUCAGCAAGGAGCUGCGUCUCUAUGAUGAAGAGGCCCAAGCUUGGAAAGCUCUGCGGCCUAUGGAUGGCCCACGUUAUCAACAUGGUGUUGCCCUCAUUGGUAACUUUUUAUUCAUUGUAGGAGGCCAAGAUAAUUAUGACACCAAGGGCAAAACAGCAGUAGAUACUGUCUAUCGCUAUGAUCCCCGUUUUGACAGAUGGCUGCAAUUGGCCUCUCUCAAUGAAAAGAGGACCUUCUUUCACCUCAGUGCGCUCAAGGGCAAACUGUAUGCUGUGGGGGGCAGGAAUGCCAGCGGAGAGAUUGACACUGUGGAGUGCUACAGCCUCAGUCAAAAUGAAUGGACACUUGUAUCACCAAUGACAGAGCCACAUUAUGGGCAUGCUGGGACAGUUCAUGGAGAUCUUAUGUAUGUUUCUGGGGGUAUAACACGGGAUACCUUCCAGAAGGAACUGUGGUGCUAUGACCCAGAAGCAGACAGCUGGAGCCGACGAGCAGAUAUGACCACAUUGCGUGGUCUGCACUGCAUGUGCACCAUCGGAGACCGCCUCUACGUUAUGGGUGGAAACCACUUUAGGGGUGUCAGUGAUUACGAUGAUGUGCUAAGCUGUGAGUUCUACAGCCCUGCAACAGACCAAUGGACUAGUGUUGCACCCAUGCCUCGUGGCCAGAGUGAUGUUGGCGUGACUGUUUUUCAGGGUUAUGUGUAUGUGGUUGGGGGGUAUUCAUGGAAUAACCGCUGCAUGGUAGAUGUAGUACAGCGCUAUGACCCUGAAGGUGAUGUGUGGGAGAAAAUGUUCCAUAUUCUAGAGCCCUUGGGUGGAAUUCGAGCCUGCUGCAUGACUGUGCAUCCACCUAAGAACAGUGUGGAAGUUCAGAUUCAGGAGUGCCCACUCUUCAGUGGCAAAACCUCAUAAAAGAUUUGGUACUAAAUUGAUUUUAUUGAACAAAAUUGACAACUAAUUCUACAAAGCAGGACUGUAAAUGUUCUGUUAUAUCAUAUAGUAUUAUCAUGCUUAAAAUUGUGGUAAACCAUUGGUUUAUGUUUUUUUUUUUUUUUUUUUCAAAAUUUAUUGUGUUUAGAUCAAACAGUUCUGUACAGCAUGUAAUGUAGUGACUGAAACCUUUGGAUAGCAACGACUAAAAUUUAAAUAUAAGGUAGUUGAUUAUAAAUGUUUUGCUAUUCUUGAAUGAUUGAGAGAGAUAUUUUAAGAAUGAGUUAAGGUGGAACGGAAAGAAAAAUGCUUUUGGCAUUUUCUGUUUUAUUUUAGCUGAUCUGCCUAAUAAUCUAGCAGUAUAUUGUAAACAAGGUUGCAAAGGAUGUACAAGGUAAAAUGUUAAAAUGGAAGGCACACAAUUUUGGCAAAAUAUAAUAUUUGUGUUGCAUGAUGGUAUAAUCAUAGUCUUUUGAUAUACUUCUAAAGAACAAAUUAGUAAUUAAGUAAAUGACCAUGCCACUAGGCAUCUGACCUUCCUCCAAAAUCUGUACAUAUCAUGGCUACUCUUGGCACAAGUUGUUUUUAAAUAAUCCUUUAUAUGAACAAUGUUGAUUCAUUUUGCAAAAACUGUUAAAUUGUAUGCAAUACAAUAUAUAAAAAGAAGGAAA